AUGUUCAACCGGGACGACAAGACAAGACAGGACAGACAAGAUGGCAGCACCAACUUCUAUCUUGAUGCAACUUUGUCCAUCCCUCGACACCCCUAUCAAACCUUGCAAAAUGCGGUGCGUCGUGCUCGGCACUUGGUGGACCGGACCUGCCCUCCCCCGAUUCCCAUGUGUCGCCGCGUCUCGGGCCGCUGGUUGUUCCCGGGGUCGCCACAGUUUCGGGACAAGUUCAUCGGUCGGCGGUCGCCAUAUCAAUUCAUUACAUCUGGAUAUCGCCAGAGGGAUCUCCAGCAAGGCGCUUAA